UGAUCUUUGGGCUAACAAAACUGAAACACAUUAUUAAUAUGCUCUAUUGGCGUUUCCCGCAAAGUGCUUACACAUAUUUGUCAAUCAGGAAUGCUGGCUAUCGCACACUUCCUGUAAUGGUACGAAAUUUUCACGAUGGAGACGAGAUCAAGAAGCGAUUGGAGCAAAUAAUAAAGAAUGCGAAUAACACUGCUUCCACAAAAGCAGGUCAACAAAAGGCCACAGAUAGCGAGUCUAAUGCAUUCAAAACUUUUAAGGAAAUUUAUAACAUGAGAUACAAAGAAAAUGCUAAUGAUGCAACCGAUAAUAAGAGCGCACAUCUUGAAGAAAGCAAUAUUAAGCUGGAAGCUAGACAAGUGCCAACACAAUCUCAAGUUGAAGAUAUUAACCCUAGUAGGGUCAAAUCAAAUGAAUUGUCUUUGGAAAACAGAGUUAAGGCAUUUGUUGCAUUGAAAGACGCUGUAUCAAAGCCAGUUGAGAGUCAAAGUGAUAACAAUGAUUCAAAAAGCAACGUUGAUCAAGACUCACCAAAUAUAUCUGAAAGCACUCGAAACUUAAAGUCACCUAUUAAGUCUCCUACCGAUAAAGCUGAUAGCGCAACAGUAGAAUCUUCCCACCCCACACAGGAUGCAUUCAAAAAGGUUCCUAAAACAACUCACUUAAAAAUAUCGCCCGCAACACAGGUGAAAGCUGAAACCAAGCAAUAUUUUUGGAGUCAAGAUAAGAAACAGUCACAUUCCGAUCAAGCUAAAGUUGUAUAUACAAUUCCGUCGCAAGUAGAAAAUGAAUUGAGCGAUCCAAAAGAACUCUUUGUGGUUAGGCGAAAGCAAAGCAAAAACGAUAUACAGAGUAUAAAAGCAAAUAAAGCAACGGAAAUCAACGACUUAACAGAUAAUAAAAGCUUCUGGGACAAAAGCAAACUAAUGCAAGACCAAUCUGAAGUUAGUGCUGCCCAUUUUGACACUGAAAGAUUUAGUAAAGCUUUGGAAGCAAUGAUCUUACGUAAUUCAAAUAAAGUUGAGGAAGUGUCCUCUAAGCCUACGCACUCUCAGCAUCACUCAGAGAACAAAAGUGCUGCAAUUGAAACUGUUAAAGCUCAAAAAAACGAAUUAAAUCAAAAUACUGUUGGCUCUGUAGUUGAAGAAAUAAGAUCUUUGAUCGAAGCUGAUAAAAAACAUGAUGUUAAUACAAUAAAGGUUGUAUCGAGGGUAAUUGACGAAUCUUCCCAAGCCUCAGACAAAGUUCUUAGUUCGGACGCCAUUGGCAAAUAUGGCAAAAUAUCCAUAAAGUCUUGGUUAGAAAAUGGUGAAGAUGAUAGGAAAUCAGAAGUGUUCCGAGUUGAAAAGCCAUCGAUUUGGUUAGAAAGUGCAAACAAUAUAACAACUCAACCACCUUUAAGGGGCUCGAUUAAAUCGCUUCUGGAACAAGAAGUCACGGAAGUAAAUAGCGACAAGAGCAGUGCUAAAGUCACCCUGAUCGAACAUGCAUCAAGUAGCCAGUCACCAACAGCAAGUGCAACAGCAUCAAUAUCUGAAGAUCUGUUGAUGUCUAUGACUUUUAAUAAAGCAUCCUUAUUAAAAUCUGAAGAGUAUAAAUAUUUUAACAAAGCCGGUAUCCAUGUAAAACCUACAUUACCGGGUAGGUCUGAUAAAAAGAAAUCCUCUACAUCUAAUAAUGCAAUUGUGACCGAUGGUACUCCUGAGGCCCAGAUUGCUUCCGAUCUCAAAACACCUCAGUUGUUGGAUAACUCUGAUGAAAAGAAAUCUUCAACAUCUCAUAUGGAAGUUGAGACCGGUGGCCCUUCUGAGCCCCAGAUCGGUUCCAAUGUCAAAACGCCUACAUUACUGGCUACCUCUGAUGAAAAGAAAUCUUCUACAUCUCAUAUUAAGGGUGAGACCAAUGGCACACCUGACGCGCAGAUUAGUUCCGAUGUCAAAAGGCCUACAUUACUGGCUAGCUCUGAUGGCAAAAAAUCUUCUACAUCUCAUACUAAAAAUGAGAUCGAUGGCACUCCUCAGACCCAGAUUAGUUUCGAUCUCAAAACGAAUGUAGAUCGAUCAGAAUUAUCUAGUCCAUCGGGCAAGGCUUUCAAAGUGAAGGAUAAUUCGGCUGAAAUAAAAAUCAAAUCUGAAAGUAAUUUAACUCCUGGUGAUCUUUAUAGUUCUUCUUCAGAGUGUGAAUCCCGUUAUGAAAAUGAAACGCCGAAGACAAAAUACAAUCAAGAAUAUACGAAGAAAAAGAGUUUAAUGAUCAAAAAGAAGGACAAAUCGAGUGAAAAGGAAAUUAAAUCUAAAAAGGCAAAGAGAAAUCCAGCGAGAAAACCUAUUGAAUUAAAACAGGCGGCACGAAAAUCGGCCGAAUCGAAAUUUCAAGGUGAUUUAAAAUCUCAUAACAAUAGAAUUUCCACAUCAGAGAGGGAAGAUCAAACGCGGCUGACAAGUUAUCCAGAAAAAACAAAAGCACCAACAUUUAAGACAAAAGAAAAUGAAAUUCACUUGAAAAAGCAAGCCACUUCUUCUGUACGUAAAGAAGUAAUCCGAAAACCAUCCACGCUCCUCGACUAUCUCUACAAUUUUUUUAGGGGUCAUAGAAGCAUGACCACCUACUCUUUAUCGCCGAAUUUGGAAAAGCGAGAACCAGAUGCAGAAGCCAAUCAUAAGGAAUAAAGUACUAAGCUCGGAGAUUAUGGGAUCAUUGCUGGUGAUAAAGUGUUACACUUGCGAUUUGAUGAUCAAAUUAAGGAGUUUGUAAAUAGUAUGUCAAUUAGUAAGCCUGAUAAACCGAUCAGUGUGGAUAUGACAAAAUCUGGGAAUCAUAUUGUUAACUUGGCUGCUGUUGAUAACUGUGCUAAAAUUCUGAGAUAUAAUUCCAAGAAGUGCAAGGAAGAAAGAAAAGCCAAGAAAACGAAUUAAAAAUCAAAAGUGCUCGGAAGGGACUUAUGAUUAAGGCAAGAAAAGUUUCACCAGUCGUCAAUUGUGCCAGAUUCUGU